AUGGCAGCAGCCGCCGCCGCCGCAGCCCCCACCGUCUUCCUGCUCAUGGUGAACGGGCAGAUCGAGAGCGCCCAGUUCCCAGCGUUUGACGAUCUCUACUGCAAGUACUGCUUCGUCUACGGCCACGACUGGGCCCCCACCACGGGUUUGGAAGAGGGAAUAUCUCAGAUCACCUCUAAAAACAGAGAUGCACAGCAAGCCCUUGUGUGGAAUUUUCCAAUUGACAUCACCUUUAAAAGUACCAACCCCUCUGGCUGGCCACAAAUAGUGGUAAGUGUCUAUGGACCUGAUCUUUUUGGAAAUGAUGUCAUCCGAGGUUAUGGAGCUGUUCAUGUUCCGUUCACACCUGGAAGUCAUAGAAGAACCAUUCCUAUGUUUGUUCCAGAAUCCACGUCUAAGCUGCAAAAAAUUACAAGUUGGCUUAUGGGAAGACAUCCAGAGUUCACUGACCCAAAAGUGGUAGCGCAGGGAGAAGGCCGAGAAGUGAUCACGGUGCGAUCCCAAGGCUUCGUGACCAUUUCCUUCAAUGUGGUGACUAAAGACAUGAAGAAACUGGGCUAUGACGUAAGCCCAUCAGACAUGCAGAACCCUUCAGUGGUGUCUCUUACAGAUGGGAUUCAUAACCAUUGA